AGAAGGAAUCUGUAAAUUGAGUAGAGAGGACUUCUUAUCGAGGGUUCGUUCACCCUUAGGUGUUCGAAUCAAGGAGACGUUUCAUCGACUCAAGCGUCUGCCACUCUCUAGCAGCUGGCAUCAGCCACGUUUGUUGUUCCAUUCAAAAGAUCAUGCGAGGCGAGAUUUUCCCCGAAAUUCACGCUUUUUUGAAGAGCAGGAAGUCUGGUCUCUCUUUCAGAACCCACGGUUGACGGGGCGGGUCGACUCUCGCAGACGCGCGAGAAUUAACUUGAACUGCAGCGAAAUUUUGUGGAGUCAGUGGACAAAACGCCACAAUGUCGAGCGGAAACUUGUCAGUUUCCAGAUCCCGCACGUUGAGAAAAGUCCUGGCCGGCCCGCCUGGAGAAACAGACGAAUAUCAGGGGCGUCAGUUGGACGAGCUGCAAAAGGCGCUGCUUCGUCUUGCGUACAACCAUGGCGCGCUCAAGUUCGGCGAAUUCAAACUAAAAAGUGGCCGUACUAGCCCCUUCUUCUUCAACGCCGGCAUGUUCGGCAACGGACAGGCCAUGGAACUGAUUUCUAAAGCAUACGCCACGGAAAUCGUUCGCAGUGGCGUAGAGUACGACGUCCUUUUUGGACCCGCAUACAAGGGAAUUCCUAUCGUGGCUUGCACAGCGAUGUCCUUGAACCGGGUGUACUCACAGCCAGCACCCUUCAUCUACGACAGGAAAGAGGCUAAAGACCAUGGCGAGAAAGGCGUUCUCGUCGGAGCACUGAACCAGCUGGAACCGAAACAGAUUCCAGGAACCACUGACAAGUACAGGCCCGCGCGGGUCUUACUCCUGGACGAUGUCUUGACUUCUGGCACUGCUAUUCGCGGGAAUAUGAAGCUUCUGCAGGAGCUUCAGCAUACUGUCGAGGUUGCCGGCAUUUUUGUUUUACUCGAUCGACAGGAACGCGUUUCCGAAGACGCGGAUUUGUCUGCUGCUGAACAACUGGAAGAGACAUACAAAACGAAGGUAUUUUCCGUUCUGAACAUCAUGGAUUUGCUGCUAUUUCUGGAGGAGUUGAUCAGCUCAGGGGAUCAUCUAGAGCCGCGGGAGACACUCCAGAAGGCUCGUAAUGAUAUACUGGAGUACCGUCGUAAAUAUGGAGUUACAGAUGAGCUUCCCACAGACGUCAUGUAAACUCAGGUAUGUGUUUUUUUCCAGGUCUGAGUUCAUGUGAAACGACUUCCGUACAUAGGAGCCCUUCGCAUAGCUUAUGCGUUCCCUUCAUCAGGACCCUCACCAUUGAAUUUUUUCCUCCUGAGAUAAAUUCGCAUUCGCGUCCACAUGCGGCUAUUGGGUUUUCUCGUGUGUCCUCGAACUACCGCUCACUUUCUGAAAAACAGCGCGACAUUCUAUGGGACUUGUUUUUUGUCUAGUCCACGUGACGUACGCAACGGCGGAGAUUCAAGUUUCAGAGAGAGUGGAGGAGUUUCUCAUGCUGUGACUGCAGUGUUGUCUCUGUUCACAAGUUGAUGGAUAUGUAACGGGGCCCCGUCACCGCCGCGAAAACUGGCGGUACUGCCGCUCCGAUAAUUGUGGAAUAAGUAGUGUUCAGAUGGAGGCGGUU